UCUCUCUCUCUCAUUUAGACACUUAAAUCAAUCGAUUAGGAAAAGAAACUAUGGAUUCAGACGAGGAGGAUUUCGUGUUCUUUGGUACACCCAUUCAGCGGGAGGAAGAGAUCACCAACCGUCGGAAAAAAGCCGCCGCUGAAGCUUCUGGUAACCUCCGCGCCCUCCCUCCCUGGAAGCAAGAGGUUAGAGAUGAAGAAGGACGUAGAAGAUUCCAUGGUGCAUUUACAGGUGGAUUUUCUGCUGGUUACUUCAAUACAGUGGGCACGAAAGAGGGUUGGGCCCCACAAUCAUUUACAUCAUCCCGGAAGAACAGAGCUGAAGUCAAACAGCAGAGCAUUUUCAGCUUUUUAGAUGAAGAUGAGAAAACUGAAUUGGAAGGUGCUUUGGGCACAUCUUCACAGUUUGACACAUUUGGAUUUACAACAGCUGAGUAUGCUCGCAAACAAGCUGAUAAGGAGCAAAAACAAAGGCCAUCUGCAAUUCCUGGUCCUGUUCCCGACGAACUUGUCCUUCCAGCUUCUGAGUCUAUAGGUUUAAAAUUACUACGGAAGAUGGGAUGGCGACAUGGCCGUGCAAUCAAUGACUCGCAUGCUACUUCAUUAUAUGGUGCUCGUAGAGAAGCUAGAAAAGCUUUUCUAGCAUUUUCUUCUGAGGAUGCGAAGGCACCAAAUCCUGCUGAUGAGCCUGUUGAAGAACCUGAAAGCUUCACUGUACAGCCUGCUGACAAUGAUACACGGUCUUCUCAAAGCUUACCUGCUUUUGUGUGCAACCCUAAGCAGGACUUGCAUGGUUUAGGGUAUGAUCCAUUCAAGCAUGCUCCUGAAUUCAGGGAAAAGAAGAGAUUGGACUUGUCGAAUGAUAAGCAGCAUGGGUACAGGAAAGCUAUGUCAUUAAAAGAUAGUCUCUUUGGUUCCAAGUCAGGAAAAGCUGCUCCUGGAUUUGGAAUUGGUGCACUUGAAGAAUAUGAUGCUGAAGAUGAGGAUAUCUAUGCUGCUGGUUACGACUUUCAAGAAACAUGCAUGGAAGAGGAUGAAGAGCCAUCAAGUUUGAGCAUAGAGAGUAAACAACCAUCAAGAUUGAGCAUAGAGAGUAAACAAAAGGUGGUUGCAAGAGAUGAGGGUGUUCUGCCUGGUUUCAAAAUUGCAUCAGUUUCUGUCUGCCAGUUAGAAAGGUUUGAUCCUCCCGUAAUCCCAAAGGAUUUUGUUCCACACCACAAAUUUCCUGGACCUCUUGAGACUCUGAAGAAGCUCGAUGUUCCCUCUCCACCUGAGGUUCUUCCCCCAGAUGAUUGUAAUCUGAAGCUCUUAAUUGAGGGGGUUGCAAAAUUAGUAGCUCGAUGUGGUAAAUUAUUUGAGGAUCUCUCCAGAAAGAAGAAUCAGUCAAAUCCAUUGUUCAGUUUUCUUUCUGGAGGAAAUGGACAUGAUUAUUAUGAAAGGAGACUGUGGGAGGAGCAUCAGAAAUUUGGUGAUCAAGCCAAACUGUUAUUGGAUGGAAAACUUUCCCCAAGUAUGCAGAAGAUGACGGCAGAGAGCCGUGGAAAAUUAUUAGGAGAAAAACCUUUGGAAAGAAGCUCAAGAGAGACCACAAGCUCAUCAGUCGCUUCUGGGGAGUUUCAGUUUCAAUUCAACCUUUCUGAUACAUUUCAAAAUUCUAAUUCAUUUAGUAAGUUGCCAGAAGUUGCAAAACCAUUCAAAGAUGACCCUGCAAAGCAAGAAAGAUUUGAGCAGUUUCUCAAGGAAAAGUAUGAAGGAGGGCUUCGCUCUGCAGGGUUUACUGCUGCUAGUAAUAUGUCAGAAGCAGUUCGUGCUCGUGAAAAACUGGACUUCGAGGCAGUUGCUGAAGCAAUAGCUAAAGGAAAACGGGGAAAGGAAAGCAUGGUUUCAACGCAGCGAUUGGACAUUUUAGCUAGUGGAAUGCAGUUCACUUCUGGUGGACUAGAGGAAGUUAAAGAUGUUCAUGCUGAGGAUUUGGCGACAAAGAAAAAGUAUCCGAAAAGGGAGGAGUUCCAAUGGCGACCUUCACCUGUUUUAUGCAAACGCUUUGAUCUCAUUGAUCCUUUUAUGGGGAAGCCACCACCAGCUCCACGCAUGAGAAGUAAGAUUGAUUCUCUACUUUUCAUUCCAGAUUCUGUUAAAGGUGCUAAACCGGAAGAAGAUACUGUUACAAAUAGAGAUGUUCCUGCUCCUCAAACUGGUGCUCAAAUGACUAUUGAAGAUGCAGCUGAAAAGGAAAUUGAAAUCGUAGCUGAAAAUGUUGAAAGGCCUGUUGAUCUCUAUAAGGCAAUUUUUUCUGAUGAUUCUGAUGAUGAUGUAGAAGACUCGAACACCAAAAAAGUGGAGGAUCCGGAGAAGAAGACUGAAGUGGCAACUACAACACUGAACCGUUUGAUAGCAGGUGACUUUCUAGAAUCGCUUGGAAAAGAACUGGGUUUUGAGGUCCCCCCUGACACGCCCUACUCAACUAAUAAAGUCGACGUUCCUCGGAUAGAAACACCAAACAGUGAUUCUGGAAAUCCUAAACUCAGCAGUGGAACUUCUCUAAACCCUGGAAAUGGAACUGCUCAGGACAUUGAAUCCCCAGAAAAUGAAUCCGUUCCUGGCUGGUCUGUGGGUUAUGGUAGCAAGCAUACUGUUGGCUUAUCUGAGAACAUGUCUGCUAAAGUCAACAAAGAUAAGUUUGCUGAAGAGGAUAAGAAAGUCAAAUCACCCUCCAGCCGUAAGAGAAAUUGGAGCAGCAGUUCCUCAUCAGAAGAUGAAAGGAGUAGAAAACAUUCUAAACGACAUCGAUAUAGAAGCAGUGAUUCAUAUAGUGAUCCGUCCAGUGAUGACCGUGAACACUACCGUUCUAGGUCAAAAGGAAAAGAGAGAAGAUCAUCCAAGGGAAAGAGUAGUUCCAGCAGAAAACACUCGAAACAUCAUAAGCACCGAAGCAGGGACUCUCCCAGCAGGGACUCUCCCAGCAGGUCCCAUCGUGGUUUGGAGAGGAAACAUUCAGAAGUCAGGAAAGAAAAAAGCAAACGGAGGAAUUGAACUUAAGCCUCUAUAACUUGUUUCCAUUCCCAUCUCCAUACAGCUUCAUCGACCCAACACCCGAAAUUUGACUGAUCAUUAGUUUGUUUUUGUUUUGGGGAAGGUUCUCACCAUGAAAUGUUGAUAGAGAUCCUUAAGUAGUAUGGUGCUUAUGUCAGGGCUGCCCUUUUCGCGUCCAGAUGUUGUUGUGACUGAGUUAUGAUCUGCGGAGGCAUACAUACAGUUUAUGAACUUUUAGAAACGAUGCUGAUGCUGUAUGAAGGCAUCUUUUCGGUUCUACAUUUGAAAUCAACUGGUCAAUGAAUCUAUGAACCAUUUGCUGGCA